AUGGCUGCUCCUUCGCGCAAUUGGUUAUAUGAUGUCUUCCCGAGCUUUCGCGGAGAAGACGUCCGCGUAGCUUUCCUGAGCCACUUUCUCAAGGAGCUUGAUCGGAAACUGAUCUCUGCUUUCAAAGACAACGAGAUCGAGAGAAGCGGAUCGAUUGGUCCCGAGCUCAAAAAUGCAAUCAGGGAUUCGAGGAUCGCUGUGGUCAUAUUCUCCAGAAACUACGCUUCUUCAAGCUGGUGCCUUAACGAACUGUUGGAGAUCGUGAACUGCAAGGAAGAGUUUGGUCAAAUGGUGAUUCCGGUUUUCUACGGUUUGGAUCCUACACACGUAAGGAAACAAACCGGUUAUUUUGGAAAGGUCUUUGAAGAGACAUGCCUCCAAAGCACAGAGACAGAGGAAGUGAAGAUUCAAUGGAAGGAAGCUUUGACGAACAUAGCCAAUCUCCUUGGAUAUCAUUCUGUGAUGGAUUUUGAGAACUUUGUUGGCAUUGAAGAUCACAUCUCUCAAAUGAGUGAUCUGUUGGAUUUGGAGUCUGAGGAAGUGAAGAUGAUUGGUAUAUGGGGUUCCUCAGGGAUUGGUAAGACUACAAUCGCAGAGUUCUGUUCAGUCGUCUCUCUCGACACUUCCAAGAGAUUGAUACUUGGGUGCGGUGAAGAGAAGCUAAAGAACAUGAAAGUUCUUAUCUUUAUCGAUGAUAUGGAUGACAGAGUGGUGUUAGAGACAUUGGUUGGUGGGGAUGAAUGGUUUGGUCCUGGAAGCAGAAUCAUUGUGGUCACAAAGGAUAAGCAGAUUCUAAGGGGUCAUGGGAUCGAAUGUGUUUACGAGGUGGGUUUGCCGAGUGAAGAAUUAGCUCUUCAGAUUUCUGCCAAUGCUUUCAGGCAAAAUUCUCCACCUGAUGGUUUCAUGGAGCUGGCUUCUGAAGUUGCAGACGUGCAGGUCGUCUUCCUUUGGGUCUAA